GCAACCGACAUUCACUACUGAUAACCCAGUGGCAGGACAAGGCGACACACACUGUCUCUAGAGCUGGCUGAUUCGUGGAAAAAAAUAGGAUUCAGACGAUUGCGCUAGGGCUCAAUUCUUGUAAGUCACUGAUUACAGAAAUACGAGUCAUUCUUACUAAUCACAAAUGGAUAUUUUUGCUGUUUUAGAGUUCUUUUUCAAUACAAAUGAAAGAAGAAAAAUAAUGCUUCUUAUUGCACACUACGGUAAAAAUGUUGAAAAGGAGUGAAGGGCUCAAGAUCGAAAACAAAUCUGAGGCAACCUGAAACAUGCUAAAAGAAUAUGGAAUUUUAACCUCUUUUUUUUCGCCGGGUUCAAUAAAAAUAGAAUAAUGAAACUAAAUUAAGAGUUAUAAAAGUUAUAACAUAAAUCUUAAACCAUGUCAAAAUACGUAAAGAGAUCUCCAGUUUAAUGUCAAGUAGUAUUAGAACUUUGCGAGCACAUAUAAGAUUAUCGUGUAAGUCUUGGAUGAGGACAAGCCGGAUUCAUUCACCUACUAACCAUGGUAACAACCUUCAAGAGUGGCUACAAAUUAACUCUUACUAGAAAAAAGCCAUCACCUUGUACUAUACUAGUCUGCAGACGUGAAGUCAGGUUCUUGGUAGGGAUAGGUUAUAUUAUAUCUGAGAUACCAUUGGCAACUAUAGUUAAGUACUUUCUGUAUAUUUAACCGGCAGGUUUGUUAUCGCAUCCUAUUUGCAUGCAAUUUUUUAAUUUUGGUUUUCGGUUUUAAAUUCAAAGUUGAAUUAAAAUUCUUGCUUGAAAUGCAAUCGCUUUUAAAUGAAAUUUGCUUAUUAUGCUCCUUGCAAGAUUUUCAUGCAGUUUCUAUUUUUGCUACUACAGCUAGCACCGCGUGCACGUUCUAGGCAGAUUUUGACAAUUAUGCGCGGUUUGCAAGUUCUUGGCUGACAUGGCUACCUUAAGAAAAAAAUGCCCAAUAAUGAAUUGGUUUCUUUCUUUCAUGAAUUAGCCUGUGGCUCGUGCUUUAUAGCCUUCUCUUUGUCCUACCUACCUACCUACUACAAGAGCACCUGUUUACAGGCUACUUAACAAACGAGAAGCAAACUGGAGCCGAAAUGCGCCCCGCAAUUGUUACUGGGAUAGUUAUUGCGGGACGCGCCGGUCAUCUAUUGACCAAUUUUUUCCCCUGUCCCUAAUAACAAACCCAGAAGUCUUUGCGACAGUUAACUAGCCCCACUUUUCUUCUCGUAUCUAAAGUGGAGAAUAGCAAUUAAUCUGAAGCCUAAAAGUAUUGGUUUUGACAGGUUGAAAAAACUGGUGAUUCAUGAUGUUAGGAUUCCUGGCCUGUGUUUGGAUUUCGUCUAUUCUCUGUGGACACGUUAACGGAUACCUUACUGAACUUGGAGGUAGGUUCUACAGAGGCUCCACUCCUUCAUUUUAAUGCUCAAAACAAAAUGAUAAAAUAGCUAAUCAAACACGUCUAUCGAACACUAAGUAAUCUUGAGGAUAUCGGCAACAUUGCAUGGUCACUUUCCUAAUUGUUUAUCUAAGGAAAUGAAUCAAAUCAACUUGGUGCGAUCAAUAAAUCAUGCUAAUGCACGUAUUAAAUCUUGUCUGCGGCCUACAAAAAACUCAUUUCGUCACUUAUUUUAGAUUAACCUUAAAAAUAAAUCUAAGAACAUCUUUGUAUUGAUUAUAUAUGCAUGCUUACCUUACCCUCGUCUCUCCAUCUGGUUCACCCUCCUGAGCUAGCAUUUGUGGCCACUUGCCAAAUGAUUAAUUGAAGUACAAAGCCUGUACCUAAAUAUUUUCUGUUAAAUAAGCGCUGAAAUUCUUAUUUUGCUAAGAAUCAUUGCACUUACCUCAUGGUCUAAAGACAGGCAUCUUUUCCGACUCUCGAGGCUUCGACAGGCUCAGCUAUUUUCAGCAAGCGGAAAUUGCUCGGGCUGAUACUUCAAACUUCGCUUCAUUACAAUCAUCAUUACAUGUUUACAAACUGAACGUUAUUGAUUGUGCGAUGGCUUUGUUUUUUCAUAUCUUUUCUUCUUUUUUUCAUCAGAUUUUGCGUUUUACUUUCCGACCAAAGGCGUCAACGACUAUGUGAACAUCUGGGGCAUGCCUAGUUUGAAGCAGUUCACGCUUUGUUUCUGGAUGAAGUCAAGUGCUGGUAAUGAUGGAACAGUUCUGAGUUACGCUGUACCAGGACAACACAAUGAAUUGCUCUUCUUUGAUCAUACGAACAUUAAUAUGUACAUCGGUAGACAGGGCAGGUUUGUCAUGCUUUUAAUCAACCUUUAAUUGUUAAUAAAUGAGGGGUAUCUUGCCUAUCCCUUCAACUGAUCAAAAUAGAGUAUUUUGUCUAACUGGAGUAUGUCAUACGUAGACCUAUUUUCAUGAACGGGCAGACACAAGCUAAAUCUGAUAAAACUUGUUCAACCAUAACAGUACGAGUCCUUGGGGAUAAAGUACAGUGAUAUAAAGAUUGCAGUGGACUAAAAGACUCGUACCCAGACGCUAUUUAUGUGUUUUGGGGGUGAAAGAAGAUUGGGGGUUAGGUUGAGGCGCGCGGGGUGUCAUGUCCCUUCCCAUGAGACCCCGCAUGCGCCUCAACCUAACCCCCAAUCUUCUCUCACCCCAAAAAGACAUAAAUAGCGACUGGGUACGAGUCUGGUGGACUAGCUACAUUUUGUUGAGGGGGAGAGGGGGAGGGGGGGAGUGUGGAGAGGAGACUAGUUGAAUGGGGAAUUUUGGUUGACAGGCUGAACUGAAUUCAACACUAUUUUUAGACUACACACUAUUUUCACUAGUGAUACCCUCCUGUUAUGUAACCAUUGCUCUACUAGGCCAGGAGGGUCUGCACGAGAAAUACAUCAUUUCAUAGGCAUGAUACUUGAUUUUGUAAACGGCCAUAUCGAUAUUUCACCUGAUCGUGAGGCAUUUAUGUUGCUAUUUGUUUCAUUAGAUUUUAUUACAUUUUAUCUAUUAUCACAGGCCUCUAGGGAUAUCAUCAGCAAAUGAUGGCAAGUGGCAUCACAUCUGUGCCUCCUGGAGGAGCAGUGACGGGGCGUGGCAAGGCUACAAAGAUGGAACGCUGACAAAGAGCGGUACAGGCUUCAGGAAAGGAUACACUAUCAAGGGGGGAGGAUCGUUAACCCUUGGGCAGGAGCAAGAUGCAGUGGGAUCUCGGUUUGAUUCCAAUCAGGCCUUCAUUGGAACCCUGUCAAACCUCAAUCUGUGGAGCCUUAUUCUACCGGUUGAAAAGAUGAAAGAUUUGUCCAAAUCGUGCAAGCAAGAUUGGGGAGGAGACGGUGAUGUAUACAAGUGGAUUGAUUUCCUCUACGGAAUAAGAGGAGGAACCAGGAUUGUAAUGCCUUCUCCCUGUCCACGAUAAACGGGUCACAACACGUCACUGUAGGCCUUCUGCACCCCUCAUGUGAUAGCAUGCAGUUCGUGUUAUUCGUAGUAUAAUACUGACUGAAAACUUGUCAGAGUAACUUAGUUGUUGAUAGUGUUAUAAGUCUGAAAAAAAAAGAAAGAAUAAAGACUUUAUAGCUUGUUCAGCGA